AUGACUACCUAAUAUGAAAUCCCUCGUUAAUCCUAGACUGAAAUAAAUGCUAUUUAAUGUGACGAGCCUUCUAACAAUUAAUAAUGUAAUGAUUGCUUUAAAAAAAAAUAUAUAUUAAAAAUUUAUUUUAAUAAUUUAGAAAACGAAGUCAAAGUGAAAACUAAAUGUCUCACAAGAAAUUAAAUCAUAUUAGGUGGUAUAGCUUUAGUGAUCACAAUAUCUUUUCUAUUAGCUUUUUUGAUUCCUAAAUCAUCAUCAACAGAAGAUAAUGUUAAAGCUAAUAACAUUCCUCGUAUUCCUAUUACUUAUGCUACUUAUUAAUAAGAUAUUAUGGCUGGGUAACAAGAUAAUUUAAUAUAAAUUAUUAAUGUACCAAAUGCUUAAAGACAAUACAAUUAUACUAUAAUUAAUAAUAAAACAAUUAUUAACUCAGAUGGUACAACUUCAAUAGUAAGUUUACCAUCAGUCUAUUCAUUCAGUGUGGUUUGUGUGAGUGUUAAUCAAUCAGAAUUUGAUAUGAUUCUCUAUUUUACCCAAUCAAAAAUAACUGCGCUUAAUAAUAUCUCUCAGAUUUUCUAAGAUUACCCUAUAAACCAAGGAAGCAAUUAAUAAAAAACCACAGUCUAAAAUGCUGAUUAUAGUGGUUUAUUAUUUGAUCCAACAAAUUUUAAUUAAUUACAAAAUUUAAACUCCUAAGAAAUUUAAAUACUAAAGUCUUUAAAUAUUGACUCUUAGGAUUUUUUAAACAGUAAUUUACCAAUUGUUAGAUUUUAAAUAUUAAAGAAUGGCUAAGUAGGUUCAAUACAAAAACCUCUAAAUAUGAGAUAUGAUUUAUAGUAAAUAUUAUUAAAUGUUUUAGAAUAAAUUUCACCUAAUGUUUAGAAGAGCUUUUAUAAUACCACUUCAUAUUUUAAAGAAGGAAAUAAGAGAAUGCUAAAGGGUCCUGUAAAAAAUACUUCUAAUAGAUUUAUGAAUGCUUAAAAUAAUCAAACAGUUUUGGAUGCAGUUGUAUUAUCUGAUUUUGAUGGUAAACUUAAGAAGAAUUAUGAUAAUUCUGAUGCUAACGAUAACACCUAUUAAACUCAUUAUAAUUAAAAUCUCCUUUUUUAAAAUGGCGCUCUUUCAUAAUCAAACGUUUCAUCAUAACUUUAGCUUUUUAGUAACUCUUAAAGCUUAAAUUAAGAUUUAAAUGUAUUUAGAAGUGCAGAAAUUAAUUCUUAAGGUCAAAUUUAAUUUUGGUCUUAAUAGGAUCAGGUAGAAAGUUAAUUUUUAUAACAGCUAAUCUAAGAUUAAGAAAAAAUGCUAAAAUUAAAUUUAACUUGGUAGUAAGCUUAUGAUUUACAAAAUAAAGUCUAGUAGUAUGAUAACAAUAAUGUAUCUUCAAAUACAGGACGACUUCUAUAAAGUUAGUCAUUGAAUUAAAAUAUUAUUGGCAAGGCUAUUGACUCACCAAUCUUUUAAAAUUACUUUAGUUCUAUUAAUUUGCAAUCUAAUUUCUUUUCUGAGUGUGAUAAUGAUUCUACUUUACAAAAAAUUAAUUGCCGUUCAGGAUUUAAAGCAAAAUUCUAAGAUCAAAUUUAUUAGCUUUAAUAACAAAAUCUUUCAUAAAUAUAUUCAAAUGUUACUAUUGAUAAAAAGGUCAAAUAACUCAACUAUUUAAAAAAUAAUGUCUAUAAUUUGAUGGGAACUGUGACUUAAAAAGUCUCAAAUCAAGUCUAGACAGCUAUUGAUCUUAUUAACUCUCUUAUCUCCAGAAGUUCAGCAUUCUAAAAUAAUAUUAUUCAAAAUUUGUCUAAUACAGUUAAUCAAAAUAUUUAAAUCCUAAACAAUACUAUGAAUCAGUUUAAUGCUUUCACGUAUAAUUACUCUGUAAGUGUAAUUAAUGCAACUUCUUCUUUCGUUAAAAAGUAUAAUGAUAGCUUAUUGUCUUAAUACCCCGCCUAUGUAAAUCUUGUCAAUAUCACCUUUAACAAUACAGUUAUUGAGUUUGACUCUCGCAUAGCAAAACUUAGAUCUCUCAUCAAUAAUAUCAUUUAAAAUAACCUCACUAUUUCAAAAAACACUUAUAAUGCGUUAAGAAAUAUCACAGACAAUGAAUACCUUUAUUUUAGUAUAGCUUUCAAUUAAUCUUAAUACUGGUAACCUGGCUACAUCUGCAGUUUAGCAUAAUAGACUUUGAAUGUUACUAACUUUAUUUAAUAAAAUUCUAAUAUGGAUAUCUAUAAUUAAUCAGUGGCUAACUAUACCCCUAUAUGGUCUCAAAUAAGAACUAAUGUAACAAAUGGUACUUCCACAAAAUUGUAAAUUAAUCUUUAUAAUAACUUUGCUGCUGUGCUUGCUAGCAUGUAUGUUAAAAGUGGUCCAAGUGUAUAUUUAACUUAUCCAGUCACAGUUUUCUCAAAUCAAGCUUAAUUUUAAAGUAGUCCAUUUGCAAUAUUUUAUACUACUAGCUCAAAUUAAUAUGCUUAAGGAGGAAUAGACGAUUCUGCAUUAGUAGAUACAAUUCGUUAAUCUGAGCAAGCAAGCGAUCUCGAUAAUCAAGUUGCCUAGUUGUAAGCGCUAUUUGAUACUCCUAUCGAUUUCAGGAGUACUUAUUAAAGCUUUUUAAAUGAUUUUUAUUAACUUCUUAAAACUUUCACUGAUGACGAGUCUGCUGUAUAGCCACAAUAUUAGAACUAUAUAUUAGAUUGGAUGACAUAAGGGUAUAAUAAAAGUUUCAGCUUACCUAAAUUACUCUAAGAAGCAAAUUUAAAUGUAAUCGGUGCUCUUAAUUAAACUAUUCCAAUAGUAUAAAAUGAGUAUGACUAGUAGACAGCUAUUAUAGGUAGCACUUCUUCUUAAAUUCUAUCUCAAAUUAGCAGCAUCUAUAAUACAGUGAAUGCAUUUUUAAGUGAUACAAACUAUCCUGAUAAUGAUCCUCUAAGCAAUCAAACACCACAAGAAGACACUAAGUUUAAUAGUACGGUUUUUGGAAUUACAAACGAUUACUUAGCUUAAUAAAUAAAUUAACUUGCAAAUUUACUUCCUCAAUUGCACACAGUCGUUGAUAAUCUAACAAACUAUGGUCCAUAAAUUUCAUUAUUAAUCAAUGAUAUGAGAACUUACUUGCAAAACUAUAAGAUUCAACUACCUUAGAUCCCCUAAGCAAUAUUUACUCCAACAUUUCAAACUACAUUCAAAACCCUUAUUUCAAAUUAUGUUGCUGGGUUUUCUCUUGAUGCAGAUAGAGCUUUGAAUAAUUUGAAAUUAGAUACAACUGGUAUAGCUAAUAUCCAACAAUUUUAUAGUAGACUGAACUAAUUUAUAAGCACUGAUAUGUAAAGUAGUUUUACUAAUAAUUUGAUGUAGUAAUAAAAUUAAAUGAUUCAUAAUUAUAAUUUAGCUUUAACUUAAAUCUAAAGCUCAAAAUCUAAUUUAAUUACUACAGAUUAACUAACUUUUGGAAAUAGUAAAACUUAACUUAAUAAUUAUGAAUCUAAAUUACAAAGUAUAAACUACACAUAUGUUUAUCCAAGUCCUAUUGGAUUUAACUUAAAAUUAAAUCUUUAAGUAAACUGGACUUCUGGUAUUUAGACUACCCUAACUACUUAAGCCAAUAACAUUUUAUUUUAAACUUAAUCUAAUUUAAACUUGUAGGUUUAAGGAUAUUUUUCUGCUUUAUUCGGUAUUGUAGAAGUAGGAGCUUACAUAAACGGUUCAUUUUUGAGCGCUUAAUUUAACUCUACAAUCAACACAAACAUGACUGAUAAUACUGGAACUAAUAGUCUUUUAGCUUAGUAUGACUCUUCAAAAAUAUAAAUUUAAGGUUAUAGCACUCAAUAUAUUCCUUAAAUAGUUUCAUCUUGUACUAAUAACGCAAAUAUUGGAAAUAAUAAUGGGAUUAAGUCUACAGUAUUAUCAGCACUAUACACCAAUAGCUCAAAUGUUGUUGGUAAAAUACCUCAUCAACAAUGUUAAACCUAAGUAUAAGCAUCAAUUAUUUAAUCGAGCAUUUUCAAUUAAAUAAAUUAAGAUAGAAAACCUUAAAAUUAAAUUAUCAUUAAUUAAAAUUAUUGA